CGCGACGAGGAACACGUGACGACUGGACGCGCAUGUCGUCGCGCAGGUGUCGUCCGUAACCAAGAGGAAACGGAGCGGCGUCGGAUAUCGGCGGUGACGGCGCUCCGCACGUCUUCUUCGCGGAGAACCGGAAGAACGAAAAACAUCCGAUUGCUCUGCCAUCUCGUCCUGACGGUGCUCGCCCUGGAUUGCCCCACGUCGCCAAUUUGUUGCCGUUUCUCCCUUUUUAGUCUAGAUAGAAACAAAUUGCUCAAUCCGAAAAUCAGUAUGUCUGUGACUGAAGAAAGGAUCCAAGAUUUGAAUCAACGUUUCAUGGAUUUCAUGAGCAAGCCAGAGAAUGUCGAUGCAGCCACAAAGGAAAUUUACGAGGACUUGUUGGAUGACGUACUGAUGGGUUUCGUAUUCGACAUACAUCGUAUAACUAAGACUGGCAAUUCCGACGUUGAAGAAGGCAUUCCUGAUGACAAAUCUUACGCCAUUGUCGAUUCGCCCGGCCUAGACGUGUUCGGUCAGCACCCGAUGAAGAAAUCUCAGGAAUGCAGCUGUCCAAAUUGCGAACGUGGUGUGGCAGCAUGCAGAUUCGCUACUCAUCUGGCAAAAUGUAUGGGCAUGGGGAGGAACAGUUCGCGUAUCGCGUCGCUUCGUAUCGCGAACAAUUCCAAGGACUUGAACACCUACGGCGGAGUGUUGAGCGACGACGAUGACGACGUUGAUUGGAGUCUGACCAACGACAGCGGCAACAAACGUAAACGUCCGCGCAAGGAUCGUAACGGCGUGAGCAAGCGUUCGAGCAAACAGCAGAAGCAACAGAGCACCGCUGGGGGUAGCGGCUCGCAGAGGAAUGGCGAGACCACUGUCGUCGGCAGCGGCGAGCACAACGUACACAGCAGCAACGAAAGCUCGCCGUCGAAUUACGACAAUAUGUCGCUCGUAGACAAGCGGGCGUUGCUCACGCAAAUUUGUGGCGUCAUGUCCGAGCACACGAAGAAACUGUGCACCAGAUCGGUACGAUGUCCCCAGCACACCGACGAACAACGCAGAGAGAUACGCGCCAAUCUGGAGUCCAAUGGUCAAGACAAUCUGCACGUUGACGUGGAUACGUAUGAGGAGAACGACGGCCAAAAUCUACGGGACACAUUGACGAGGUGGGAUCGGGAGGGUUCGAGUCAUUCUAGUCCAGCCGACUCUGCCUCGACCACGUCAACCUCGUCGAUCAGUCGGAAACGAGAAACCAAAUCCAAGGGCAAAGGGAAGGCCUCGUCUAAGCGCGAUCGCGGUUCCCCGAUAUCGCAGGGAGACUGAGGAGAGAGUUCAUCUAAAAUUGUUUCUCAAUCUAGAAGUGUUCCUCGAUUCAGGCUCACUUCCCGCCGACAGAGAAAUAUUGUACGAUAAUGUUCCUAAGAGCUGUAUAUAGAUUGAAGGAAGAUUCUCCUUUGAUGAUUGCGAAAAGUUUGCGUAAUACUUAAUUCUAAAUAUUAUCUACAGCGUCCUUUUGUAAUUAUUAUUUUUAAGAAAAUAAAUA